AUAAAAAGGGAGCAUAAUAGAAUAUAUUUAUUAGUUAAGAAUUACAGCGAAUAAUAGAAUCUUAAAAUGCGUAAAGUUGUUUACAUUUCUGACGAAAACAUACACGAAGAAAUGCGAAAGUUGGGUGUAAUAGGAAAUCGUUCAGAGGUCGUUGAUGAACUAGUUAGGUCAUAUGGUUUGUUAGAUUACUGCAAAAUUGUCAGUUCAAAGAAAUGCUCCUCGGACGAUUUAUUGUCUUUUCAUAGUUCAGAUUACGUAGAUUGUUUGCAGCGCUAUAAUGACGAGGACGAUAUAGAGGAGGUAACGGAUGAUCUGCUUGAAUAUGGACUAGCUUAUGAUUGUCCAAUGAUUGAGAAAAUAUACAAUUUCACCACAUCUGUCGCUGGAAGCACACUUGCGGCAGUGGAUGCCAUUCUCGAAGGUACCUCAAUUGCUAUCAACUGGAACGGUGGCUGGCAUCAUGCGCAAAGGAAUAAGGCAGCUGGUUUUUGUUAUGUUAAUGAUAUCGUCAUCGGAAUACACAGACUGCGAACCAAAUUUCAAAAAGUGCUCUAUUUGGACCUCGACGUUCAUCAUGGUGAUGGUGUGGAAGAUGCUUUCAGCUUCAGCAAAUACGUUAUGACGGUUUCGUUUCACCAGCGAGAGGCUGGAUAUUUUCCAGGAACUGGAGCCGUAACUGACAUAGGUUUUGGUCCCGGGAAAGGUUAUACGAUCAAUGCACCAUACUUGCGGGAUGUUACCGGAGAAAUAUUUGUUCCAUAUUUCAACCAAAUUGCUACGGUAGCUUACAGUGCAUUCAAACCUGACGUGUGUAUUGUACAAUGUGGUGGAGACGUUAUAGUAGGUGAUCACUUGGGAGGCACAAAUUUAUUGCCUGAGGAUUUAUUGAAAUGUGUACAGAAAGUACUUGGAUGGAAUUUACCAACCGUUUUCCUGGGAGGAGUCUCACUUUCAGGUGGAUACAAUAUUAUCAACACAGCAAAGUAUUGGACACAGCUGACAGCUCUCAUAGUUGAUGUGAAAAUUUCCCGUGAUAUUCCAGAAAAUGACUUUUUCCUUAAGUUUGGCCCAGAUUUUACGUUGGAUAUGUAUCGGACAAAUAUUAAAGAAAGAAAUACUAGGGAGGAUUUAUCAAAAAAUGUAUUUAUUGUUAUAGGUAAUUUGAAAAAUUACAUUGUGAACAUGGCGUGAUGUUUAAUAAAAUAGUUCAGCUCAUUUGCUUUGAAUGAUUC